GAAGAAGCCAAAAAAAUUUGUUUUCUCAGUGUUGAUGAGUUUGAAACUCAGUGCUGAGCCAGAUGUGUUUGAUCCGAAGGUGUGCGAAAAAGAAUUUAAGAAUGCUUGCUUACAAAAUCACAUUUCAAAAUCUGACCUGCUAUUCUUCAUGGUUGUACACAAAAGGCACUGGGCAGUAGUAGUUGUUAACAUCACCCAAAAGGAGUUCAAUAUCUUUGACUCCAUUAGGAACUCGGAAGACCUUUUUGAGAUGGACAGGAUCACUAAGAAUGUGGUAAUGCUCCUGUUGGAGUUUGGCGCAACAAAUCUUUUCCUUCUUUUUGCUUUUCCACACCGCACACUUAUGCAUUUUGUUUGUCCAUGUUUUAUCGGGUUUGAUCAGGUCGCAAACAUCAAGAGUGUUGCAAUGAGGGAGCCACUUUUUAAGCACAAUCUCGAGUCUUACUCGCUAUUCACCCCACUUGAUUACCCUCAACAAAAAACUUACUAUAACUGUGGCUACUAUAGUAUUUUAUACGUGGAGAAUUGGGAUGGCCUUGUUAUGCUGUCAUUUGGCGAGGAUUACAUCCCAAACCUUCGGAAACGCAUUGCAGCAGAUCUGUUGAGACACCCAAGCAACAAGUUGGACCCCGCGCAUCAGCUGAAGCUGCUUCUUCAGCGUUAGAUGGGUGUUUUCGAGCUUCUGCAACAGGAGGAGUCAUGGCGGCGGUGGCCUAGUACUGCUGACGCGAGUUAUUGUAGCUAGCUAGAGUGUAGUUGGGAGCAUGUUCUUGUCGCCAGCUCGAGUGUAGUUGAGAGCUUGUUCUUCUAGCCAGCUCAACUGAACUUUUUUCACAAUGCAACUCUGAAUGAAGCACAGGAAUGUUUCAGUGUGUGACUGUAUGCAAGGAUUUGUUUUUUGUGAAGCCUAUUCAAGAUUGUUUGUCAGCU